UCAAGGAAGGUAAAAAACUUGUGUGUCUCCUAUGGCUUCGAUUAAUUUCAAUCCCUUCAACGACAACUGGUUUAGAAACCCACCUAAGCUUCCCUUCCAAAUCCAAAUCCAAUCAAUCAACCUCCUCUCCUCUUUCUUUAACCCCGCUCCUUCUUCUCAAACCCCCAAUUUCGCUUCCAUUUCUAAUCCCUUUUCCAAGAAACCAAAUUCUGACCCCGAUAAAAAACCUGGCAAGUACCGCCAAAUGCUCGACCAAUUCUACUGGGAGUGCGAAAACUUACCAGAUUACCGACACGCCCCUGAGGUCGAGAGGAUUUUGCAGGAAGACCCUAUUGCCGAAAAGAAGGAAAACCCCACCCAGGAGGAAAUUGAAGAGAACGAGCAAUGGUGGGCUGACUUUCGUAGUAACCCAGUUGUGCAGUUUUUGACCCGCGCCGAGGAGAUCGCUGAUAAGCUCAAUGAGAUUGAACUUCAGGAGAAUUCUGUUCCCUACCGGAAAGAAGAUAAGAAACUCUGGCAGGCAGUGCCGAAUAUAAUGGGGCUGGAUGGGAGGCCAAUGCCAAGGAAAGCUAUAAAAACGAAGAGGGAAUCGGAUGAUAAGUUUUGGGAUUUUGCAAGGCAGUUCUUUUUUGGUCUUUGGGGGUUCAGGCAGCGGCCCUACCCACCCGGUAGGCCUAUUGAUGUCUCCCAGGCUAUUGGUUAUAAGAAACUUGAGAACCGUUAUUACGACUUUGUGAUGAGAAGUGGUGGGUGGUUCUACAAGGAUAGAUUGGGUCGUUCAAGAGGACCAAUGGAAUUAAUACAGCUGAAAACAGCUUGGGGUGCUGGAAUAAUUGACAAGCAUACAUUUAUAUGGGGUGAUGACUUGGAUGAAUGGGCACCUAUUAGCAUGGUGUAUGGUAUGGAGCGUGCUAUUGCCACUUGGGAAGUUAGGUUAGGUGCAGCAGCGACAGCAUGUCUGCAUAAACUGCAGAAAGGAAUAGCACCAUGGGUACCUCUGAAGGGGCAUGAGGUGAAAACAUAUAAGCAGGUACAGGAAGAGGCGUACGAGAGCAAAAGACGUGACUUAGCAGUUCUUGAGGCGAAUGAUGGUGUUUGGCCAGGUAUGAGGACUCCUAGUCAUGCACUGUUUCUAUGGGCAAGUGGAUCUGAGUUGACGACACUUUUAGAAGAGGACCACAUGCCCAACAAAUUCAUCCCAAAAGAUCUAAGGGUGCAACUUCAAAAAGUAAUACCUGGGUUGAGACCGUGGGAGGUUCUCAGCAUUGAACAAGCUAUGGAUAGGAUAACGUAUGGUGGUAAAUGGUACCGUGAACCUCUUGGUAGUUACACUACCGGCCCUCCUUACAUUGCCGAAUGGAACAAAGAUGUCAUGAGACUGUUUGAGAUAUUCCAUAGCCUGAGUGUUCAAACAUACAACAAACUGGAGAAGACAAUUCCAGGUUUCGACAAGAUUAUGGACAAAGUACAAGAAGAUGCUGCUCAAAGGGCUGCCUCUAGGGAGGCAAUCAGGGCCGCCGAAAAGAUGUCUGGGAAGAAGAAGACCAUUCCUGACCGAGAUCGAAGCAAUUUAAAGCAGCUCUAGCUCUAGCUCUAGCUCUAGCUGCUGCUGCUCAACUUUUUUUUUUUUUUUGGUUGCUUCAGGGCAUGCUUUAUUUCUCUGAAAUAGUUUUGGCUCAAGAAUUCCUUCAAACUGAUCAUUAUAUGACGUGUCAUUAGAAUUUUUGAAUUUAUUGUUGACUUGUUGGUUACUUAUUUA